AUGUGUGCAACUUCUCUCGAUGAACGUAAUAAAGUGGAUACAUGUGGUGGUAUUGAUACAUAUUCAAUGUAUAUUAAAAAAUCAUAUUAUUUAAAUCAUGGUCAUUUAUUACAUUAUCAAAUUGAAUUUUAUGCAUGUGAAAAAUGGAAAGCAAUUAAUAAUGUUAAAAUGAAUACUAUUGAUAUGACAAAAUCAUCAUCGUUACUUGAUCAAAUGUCAACAUUAAAUACAAUUGAAAAAUGUGCAGCAAAAUGUCUUGAUCAAAAUAUUACAACAGAAUUUCUAGCAUUUAAUGGUGAACAAACAUGUAUCUGUAUGUCUCAUCAGUCAUCAUUUUCUACAUUAUCUCGACAACGAUUUCGUGAUUUAUAUGUUGAUGUACUUUCAAAUUCAUCAUGUAAUAAAUAUUGUAAAAAUUCAAAUGGUAAUGAUAUGUAUAAUUGUGGUUCAACAAGUGAUCCAAAAAUAUUUGCUAUUUAUCAUUUAAAUGGUUCAUGUCCAAAUGAAAGUACAUAUAUAUCAGAAAUAAAUCAAUGUGUAAUAAAACAAUAUUCUAGUUAUUAUUCAUUUUCAACAUGUCCAUUAUCAAUGAAAGAAUAUGUUUAUGAUGGAUCCAUAGAAUGGUCAAAAUAUUUAAAAAUAUUAGAUAAAUUACAAUUGUAUAAUGAUCGUGUUAUAAUUAAUUUUGACAAUUCUAUAACGCCUAAUAUAACGUGGAAAUGUGGACAAAUAUCAAGUUCAACAACAUCAUCGGUAGGUGCUUCGUCAUAUUUCAUGUUUCCAGGAGGAAGUAUGUGGAAUAGAAUAAAAACAGCAGAAAAAAAAUCCUAUUUUGUAUUGAAUGGAUGUUUAAAAGAAACAGAAAUACUAUCGUAUAGAAGUGAUUAUCGACUAUGUUUAGCAAAUCCAUUAGAAAGAUUUACAGCAGCAGAUAAUUCAUCUUAUAUUCUUGUUAUUAAUCAAUUACAAAAGUUUUGUGCACAAGGUUGGAUUGACAUAAACAAUCGUUGUUUUAAAAUGACAAAAGAGGAAAAGUCGAUCUCGACAGCUAAAAAUAUUUGCAUUUCAAAUAAUGAUCGUGACAGAAAUGAAAUUGAUUUAAUGUCAACAAGAUCACCAAUUACGGUGGAUGAUAUAAAAUCACCAGAAAUGAAUUCCAUGCCAUCUGGACGUCCAUUAGAAUAUGAAUCAGAAUGGGAAGCAAGACUUGGGUUCUAUUUGUUGGAUGAAGAGAUAAUGCAAGAUAAAAAAGAAAUUAAAGUAGAUGAAAAUGAUCAAGAUUCUGUACUACCAAAUUCAAAUCCAAAUCCAUACUAUGAUUCUGAUUAUGAUUAUGAUACAAUGGCAUCGACUCGCAAUGGCCGCCACCAAUUAUUACCAAGAGACGGUAAAAGUUUUUCAGCUUCAAUUUAUGAAUAUUAUGUACUAGAUAUCAAGGAAUCAGUUCAAAAUAGUAGUCGUUCAACUGAUGAAAAAUGCAUGUUAGUAACGAGAGCAAGCGAAGGUUAUGAAAAACCCAAAAUUACCGUUUCACAACUGACAGAUAUAUUUUCAACAAAACGCAAUAACUGCUCACAGCCAAGACACGUUCUAUGUGAAACAAAUCCAGUUGUUAUCAAACAAAGUUUAUACGAAUGUUUUCAGAAGCCAUUUUACAUGGAUUUACCAGCAUUAAUCACAAAUCAGAUGACACAUGAACGUUGUCUAAGCACAUGUCAAGAAUUACAAACAAAAUUGGCCAUUAUCAAUAUAAAUAGGUGUUAUUGUGUUGCGAAUCGAAACGUUAUGAAUAUUACACAAAAUUUUCAACAAUAUAAAGCAAAGUUAUGCGGAAGUCCAUGCUCCGGCAAUUCUCAUGAACUAUGUGGUGAUAAAAACAUUAUCGUUAUAUUUCAAAUGGUUGAAACGCGUCGUACCUAUACAUAUCUCAAAACACCAGCCGAAGCAUAUCCCGAUUUCACUUUCCGUGAUUGUUUAACACUUGAUAGUAACUCUAUUCGAUUAAUACCCACAAUCCAAUUUACAAUCAAAUAUCGUAUGCAUCCACGACAUUGUUUGGCUCUCUGUUCAACCUAUGAACAAAAAUAUGCUCUUAUACAAAAUCGUACGUGUCUAUGUACUAAUAUCAAUGUUAUACAAUAUUUUGCUGAAACGGGAGAAAUAGCAACCGAAGGACAAAAUUGUGCAUUAGCAUGUGAUGGAAAUUAUUUAUAUAGUUGUGGAAGUGUACAGACUAAUAUCUAUUCACUGUAUAUAAUGCAACCAAAAUGUAAACAUGGUUAUGAAAUGGCUGAAAACUAUGAUCAAUGCGUUUAUAGUCAUUAUUCUUCUAAAACAAAGACUUAUCAGGAAGCUAUAGUCUAUUGUCAAGGGCAUGGUGGCACAUUAGCUGAAGUAAAUGAUAUUGUUGAAAUUCAAGACAUCUUGCCGGAUAGUAUAUUACACACACGUCUAAUGAAUCAUAUACUCAUAUUUUAUAAAUUUAAAUAUAUUAAUGAUACAAGAUAUUUUUGGCUUUCACGAACAACGUCGAAAUCAGAUAAUAACACCAUAUCCGAACGCAUACUGAAAUCAUGUAGUGACACGAAUUCAACAAAUUCAACAAUUGAUACUACUCAACAUUGCAUUGUUAUUAAAUAUAUCACAGAAACAGAUGGUGAUCAAGUGAGAUGUAUUGAAGAGUCAAAUAAAUGUGAAACCACGUUUGCUAUGCCGGUAUGUGUCGACAAACUAAAGCAAAAAUCAGAAAUCAAUAUCACAGACCCAAUAAAACAGGAUGUUAAUGUAUCUAAUGAAUUAAGUUGUGAUAUAGAAAAUUACCAUUACGUCGGUGAUUAUUGCUAUAAAGUGAAUCUACACGAACUAUCAUGGAUGGAUGCUGUUACUGAAUGUGAACGAGACCAAGCACAACUAUUUGUCCCGGAUAAAUCGAUUCAGAUCCAAUUGGUUCGGUCUCUACUUAGAAUGAAGAAUACCUAUACACCAAGUGGGCUUGUUCAUGUAGGUGUCUAUUAUGAUGCUCAACAACAAACUGUUUAUCAAUAUGCUUCAUCCGAAAAUAAUCAAAAAAUUGUUGUACCCGAUUCAAAUGCCAUUUAUGAUGUUUGUGAUAAAACAUUUCGAGAAACAUAUCAAAUUUUAAAUAAAACAGUAUCAUUUUCACGUACAAUAGGCGCACGUACAAUGACUGGUUGUGGUUACAUUGAUUACUCAUCAUCUGCAAGUCCUACCAUUCAAUGUGAUGAUAUCUUGUGUGCAAAACACGCUUCAUUUGUUUGUCAAAAACUACCAAAAAUUGUUACAAUGACCAUUCAAAAUGAACGGUAG